CUUGAUUCUCGUCCAGUCGUUUGUGUCGUCAGUCUGCACUCAGCACUCAGUAGAGAGGAGAGGCUGGCACCACCAGCACCGCAACGAGUUUUCCUUUGUGCUUCAGCUGACGCGCAUCCUUCCGAGAGGAAUCACCAUCAAACAUCAAGGGGAGAAAGCUGUGAAACACAAUGGGACCAUUUCAGGAAUAUGAGGAAAAGAAAUCACCAGAGAAAGGAAGCCCCCGAAGCCGCAUCCCACGUUUGGUUCUUCACCCCUUCCGACCAAAAGACAAAGGAUCACCUCAGUCUGAUUCCCCCUUCUCGGAGGAGGAGGGUAAGGAGUGUGACAUCAGCUCUGACCACUCCAAGAGGACCAUCAGCACAAACAGUUUUUGCUCUGAUGACACCGGCUGCCCCACUAGUCAGUCUGUGUCCCCCUCCAAAACCCCGUCAGGCUCAGAGCAGAGUGCCCAUGGAUCGCCGAUACUCCCAGAGCGCAAAACCAAAGUGAAGAGGGUAAGGGUGAUGACCGAGGGCAGCAGUGAAGCACGAAGCACACCAAGGCACAAGAGGGAGCUGAGGUCGGCCAUGAAAACCAGAGGUAGUGAGGCAGAUUUCAGCUCCUCCAGCAGCACAGGCAGCUUGAAGGCCCGGGAAAGCCUGGUGUCCAGUUCAGUUGGGAAGAAGGCUCCUUCACGCAGUCGUGGCACUUACAUCCGUCCACUGCCAGUGUUUAAACCACCUGGACACCUAACAGCCAACCGUGAUGCAGAACUCUACGCUCCCUACAGGACCCCUCCCAGAGCCACAUCCUCAACCACCAACAGCAGCAGCUGCAACUCGAGCCCCACCUCUAGCAGAAGAGUGAGUUUGGGCCACUACCACUCCUGUAAAGACAACCAUGGCAUCAGGCCCCCGAACCCUGAGCAGUACCUGACCCCUCUGCAGCAGAAGGAAGUGGCCAUCAGACACCUGAAGACCAAAGUGUUGGAGUCGGAAAACAGAGUUCGUGACAGGGAGUUGGAGAUUGAGGAGCUUAAGACCCAGCUUGGCAGGAUGAGGGAAGACUGGAUUGAAGAGGAAUGCCACAGAGUGGAGGCUCAACUGUCCCUCAAAGAAGCCCGCAAAGAGAUCAAACAGCUCCGUCAGGUAGUGGAAACCAUGAAGAGCAGCCUGAUGGAGAAGGAUAAGGGAAUACAGAAGUACUUCAUUGAUAUAAACAUCCAAAACAGGAAGCUGGAGUCAUUGCUCCAGAGCAUGGAGCUAGCCCAGAGUGGCGUCAACCUCCAAGAUGAAAACUCCUUGGACUUCAUGUGCGACAGCCCCACUGGUGUUGGGAAGAAACUGGUGGGGGAGGACGAGGGUGGGAUGGAGUUGGAAGAUCAAGGAGCAGAGGCAAUGGCGGACAGUGGGCUGCUGGCAAAUGAUGAGAUGGCAAACAGAGCGGACAUUUUUGAGCAGGUUUUUAUGUCCACUGCCGUAGAUUUCAGCCAGGACUCUAGUAUUAAACCCGGGGCAACAGAGUCUGAGCCCGGGGUAUCUGCCCUGUCAGAAGAUGGACAAUUGGCUGAUAAAUCUACUGCAGCCCCACCAUCUACUGCAAAUGCACUUUCAACCACAGUCACCAUCUCUUCAAAUACUCCGCUCCAGCCAAACGCAGAAGAUAAAGGAAUCCAGACAGACCUGAUGCCUAUAUCUCCAGACUUGCAGGCUCUCCUCCUCCAGUUGCUUAAAUUCCACGGGGCGUCACUGGAGGACACAGCCCCCAGCAGUCUCCUGGGAUUCCCAAACCUACCCUCCUCCACUUCCACUCGGCCUGACUUAACACCCCUCCAAUCCAGUUUGCCUCCAUCGAGCCCCAACACCUCAUCCGACUCUGGAGCAUGUUGUUCAGAGAGCCAGCGGUUCAUGGAAGAGCUGGACUUUGGAGUCCAUGAAGAAAAACCUUGUCUGUUUCCUGGACAGACAAGGCGUAUGGAUGUGGUGGAGAAGCGUUAUUGGAGCAGCAGCUUUCUGGUCGACCUGGUAGCAGUAGCAGCACCAGUGCUGCCCACUGUGGCUUGGCUGUACUCCAGACAUGGUGUGGAUGGAAGCGGUCCGGUGUACAACAUUGCAGCACUGAUCAGGGGAUGUUGCAUCAUGGGAUUGCACUCCCUUCGUCAUGUCACUCACAGGCCGGAUGUGUGAUUUAACUUCCAACCCGCAUGCAUACGCCUAACUUUGAGCUAAAAGCACUUAAGCAUCUUUUCAAGAGUAUUUAUGAAAUCCGUUUUUGUUCACUUGAUGAGAUAAAUGCAGUUCUAUUAGGUCCAGCACUGUUAUUUUGCACUGUACAGUUGCCAUGGGGAUGGUGAGUGGUGACAUGAAAGGGAUUAUUUAUAACAGGGUUUAUGUAUUUGUAAUUUCCAUUUCUAACCAGAUCAUCUGGGUAGAUGGUUGUGUUGUUGUCCUAUGGUGUCUCCAGUUUUUUAAAGGAAGUUCUUUAUGUUAAGAUUACUAUAUAUUUUCUUUUCAAGAAGAAGACUGAAUGCUGCUGUUGUGAAAUGUUUGUGCUACUGUUGAAAAAGCAACCUUCAGCCAAAGCUUUGUCUGUUCACUGUUUUGUGAAUCCUGCCCCCCACCCCUUCCUCCUAAGGAGUAGAGCUUUACUCUGUACAGCCUGUGUAUUGUUCAUAGAAAUAAGUUGAUGCUUCAAAGCAGCUGUCACUUGUUAUGUGCCUGAGCUAUGUGCAAUACUGGUUUACAUGAAAUGUUCUAGCAUCUUUAUUAAAGCAUGAUUAUUCUGGGCAUAUUUGGACUUAU